AUGGGCAAAGAGGGUUCUUUUGCUGAGGAGACACAUUUUGCUCACGAAGAUGAUGUAAAACCGAGAAGAACUGUCAAGGAAAAGUUUCUACUUUUCAAGAUUGAUCUAUUUGUAUUAUCUUUUGUCUGUCUUCAGUAUUGGAUCAAUUAUGUAGAUCGUAUUGCGUUUGUCAAUGCAUAUAUAUCAGGAAUGAAAGAGGACUUGAAUUUCCAAGGGAAUGAUAUCAAUAUUGCCAACAUGUGCUUUACCAUUGGGUAUAUAGUAUCGAUGAUACCAAACAAUUUAAUACUGUUAAUUGUAUCACCAAGAAUAUGGCUGAGUUUCUGUACGUUGGCUUGGGGUGUAUUGACUUUAUCGUUGUUCAAGAUCUCCUCGUUCAAACAGUGUUGUGCGAUCAGAUUUUUCCAGGCAAUUUUCGAGAGUUGUACAUUUAGUGGCACACAUUUAAUACUAGGAUCUUGGUACAAGGAAAAUGAGCUCGCGACAAGAAGUGCAAUUUUCACUAGUUCUGGUUUGGUUGGUUCGAUGUUCAGUGGCUUUAUGCAAGUGCAGAUUCACAAAUCCCUAAAUGGGAAGGCAUCACUGGCAGGCUGGAGAUGGCUAUUCAUCAUUGAUGCUUGUUUGACAUUGCCUAUCGCAAUAUAUGGUUUCAUUUUCUUUCCAGGUAUGCCUGAAAUCGAUAGCGAUAAAGCCAAAUUUUCAAUGACCAAAGUGAUAUUUAGCAGUGACGAAUUGAAGUAUGCACGUAGAAGGUUACCUGUUAGAGAUGAAAGCACUAAGCUGGAUUGGUCUGUGAUACCCAGAGUUUUCAAAAGAUGGCACUGGUGGCUUUUCUCUCUAGUGUGGAUUCUUGGUGGUGAGAAUUUAAGUCUAGUAUCAAAUUCGACUUUUGCUCUUUGGUUAACCAAUCAGGACUAUUCCUUGUCCAACAGGAACAAUUUUCCAUCCGGUAUAUUUGCGGUGGGUAUUGUGUCCACCAUUGGAUCUGCUUUGUACUUGAGUUACUGGCGUAGGGCAAAACAUUGGCACGUUGCAGUGAUUUUAGCUGUAGUAAUGUGCGUGGUUGCCAUUAUGAUUCGCGUAAGACCACUCAAUGCCGGAAUCAUGUUCACAGCACAGUAUCUAGGUGGUAUAGCUUACGCUGGCCAAGCAGUUUUCUUUGCCUGGGCAAACGUCGAGUGCCAUCAAGAUUUGCAAGAGCGUGCCAUUGUUCUGGCUUCUAUGAACAUGUUUUCAGGCGCUGUAAACGCUUGGUGGUCCAUAGUGUUUUUUCCAGCAACCACUACUCCUUACUUCCAAAAAGGCAGCUAUGCACUUCUCGCGACCGCAAUAGCCAGUGCUGUCGUUUCAAUUGUCAUAAGAAAGUUUCAGAUAAGAGAUUCUCUUCAGAAACAGGUCUUGCCCUACAUCGACGCCAACGAUAUGUUAGAUGACGAUGAAGACGCAGCUGACAGCGACAAUGACAAUUACAAUGAUGACGACAAUGGCAACGACAAUUACAACAGUGACCGCAGUGGCAAUAUUCCACGCAACAGCCCAACCCUAACUGAUUAG